AUGAUGGAAGACGCCUGUGCCAAGGAGAACGGCAAGGAUGCUGCCCGGCCUGUGCCAAUCCAGCCUCCCCUGCCAAGUCUGGUUUGCGCAACAUGCGCCGGCCAGAAGAUGCUGGUGCCCCUGUCCAUGAGCGAGCAGAGCGACAGCGACGCGACGCUGGACAUUGCAUUCAGCUGGGAGCACACGGUCGACGCAGAAGCUCUGAUGAAUUCACUGGCGAAGGCGUUGAGUCAUUUUCCUUGCUGCACGGGGCGUUUCGUUCGCAGGCAAGUUUUCGUGGAGCCUGCCGCAGGAGUGAAGGUGAAGCAGCCCAGGCUGUGCAUUUUGUGCAACAACGCCGGGGUCAGCUUUAGCCACAGCCGCUAUGAUGGCAAAAGACCAUCCGUGCUUGGCCCCAUUACCGGUCUGUUUGACCGAGCAGUUGGUACUCUGGCCAAGGCAGAUGCCAAAGGUGGACCACUCCUAAGGGUCAAACUCCUCGAGUGUGAGGACGGCCAAAUCCUGGCACUGAGCUUCUCUCAGGGACUCGCAGAUGUGGAGGGCAUAGGCUUCUUUCUGCAAGCAUGGUGCCAUACUUUUCGGGGUGAGGAACCAGGGCCGUCAUCUCUUGAUGCCCGUGUUGUUUUAGAAGGUGCAGUGAACAAUGGGUUCCCAAAGCUGGACUCCUCGUUCACGUACCUGCAUAGACGUGAGCUUGCCACGAGAGCGGCCACGGCAAAAGCGGCUGCCGCUGCUGCAGCCGAAAGGCUUGGUGUCACCACUUUCUUGCUGGACUGGGACGAGCUUCGAAUGCUAGCUGACGACUUUUCGCAGAAACUGCGAGGUCGGCGUUUGAUUUACGAUUCUGAGACACUCUCCCAUGCAGAGGUAGCUUUUGCGCUUGUGGUUGAGUCGCUCGGCAAGGCCGUCUCUGCGAGCGUAUGGUUGGAUUAUCGCGUUACAUUUGGCUUUGACCGCCUCUUUGGGCACGUUCGAGGCAUAGCCGAUGUGGAUUUGCCUGCUGACCAUGUACAAGCAGCUGCAGUGAUCCGAAAGAAGCUCCAGAUUGCCAAAGACAGUCCAGACUUUUGGUGCUGGAAGGCGCAGCAAUGCAAAACCUGCCCGGUGGAGCCAAGCGCUGAGAUCAUCUUCUCAUCCUGGCUCGAGGCUGCCGACCUGCGAAAAGUCAACUUCGGUGGCUUGACUACAGGAUCAGGUUUGGGGAGCGGCUUCUGGCAGUGGUGGACCAGUAACCCUGAGGCACGCAGACGAGCUGGCGGUGGUGGUGCUGUGGGAGGCAAUGGAAAGGGUUGUCCUUCAUUGGUUGUGCUGCUCCCACACGCAGAUGGAGUUCAAGUCCAGGCGCUGCUGUCCCAAGCAGCUGCAUCGAAGCUUUGUGCAAAGCACAAUUGCCUUGUCUACUACCCAUGA